UUUUCCGCAGAACCAGCGCUGUUGCCUAUUUCGUGAAUGUCGUUUAAGGCGGGCGUUCGCUUUGUGAGAGGCGAUUCUGUGCGUCCGUGUCGCCUAUGCAAAAGAGCAUUUUUCAGAGUACCACUCGUAAAAACACUCCUCAGCUAAUUCAUGAUGUUUUUCCGCUUUUCUUUCGUUGCUCUGGCCACCCUACUCGUUGGGCUUAGCUCGACUGUAUCCGCAUUCAAGUACGAGAGGAUCGACAAAAACAACUCGGUCUUGCUUGUGGUCGACCAUCAAGAGGGUCUCUUCCAGCUCGGUCGCGACCAACAUCCCGUUGCCUUCAAGAGCAGCAUUCUGGCUCACGCGGCCCUGGCCAAGAUAUUCAACUUGCCGACUAUCCUGACUAGCAGUGCGGAGACAGGUCCCAAUGGUCCUUUGCCUCAGGAAAUCAUUGCCAUACAUCCCGAUGCCCCGUUCAUCAAGCGUAACGGAGAAGUCAACGCUUGGGACAACCCUGAUUUCAAGGCUGCUGUCAAGGCUACCGGAAAGAAGCAGGUUAUCCUUGCUGGUAUCACAACUGACGUUUGCACGGCUUUCUUGGCAUUGUCUCUCGUAGAAGAAGGCUACACUGUCUUCGCUAAUAGCGACGCGUCCGGUACCUUUGACGUGAAGACGGCCAACGAGGCUAACGACCAUAUGCGUGCUGCUGGUGUUCAGAUUCUGUCUAUGUUCGCAGUUGCCCUUGAGCUCAUGAGGGACUGGCGUAGUACGCCCGGUGCCACGGAGAUGCUUCCUUUCUUCGACACGUACCUGCCUGAGUACGGCUUCCUCGCCAGGGCUCACGAUGCGGCUGUCGACAACGGAACCCUUUCUGGACUUGUGGCUCCGUAAGAGUCUCUCGACGGAGUGGGGUGGGGUGACGACCAUGUGCGGACUUCGUGUUGAGAUAAAAUCUUCCGGCCUAUUAGUUCUUAGAUUCUUGCCGUAGAGAUUUCGUCUUUUCUCUAAUAUUAGGGAGGUCCAUUAAAUUUAUUUUCGCUUGUCUAAGUGUUUAGACCCAACAGGGCAUGAGGUUCUAGAUCAAGCGUUGCGAAGGCGGCGGAUGCUCGUAUGAAGUGAACAGCAGAACCAUGAACGGCAGCGGGAAUAGCGGGCAAAGGAUUAUAUAAAUCAGGGUUACAAUUCAUAGUACAUAGCACAGUACGGAACCAGUUCGAUGAAGAAAGUUACAAAAGUAUUU